AUGGUCACUGUUUCUACGAACGGGACUGGCCCCCAGAGUGCCUUCGCUCCUGUUAUUGCGGCUCUGAAUACCAUGCGCGAUGGCCAGCGGGGACAAAAGGAGGCCGCACAUAGUUUUCUAGAGAGUUUCCAGAAGUCGGGAGAGGCAUGGCAGAUUACGAUUGGCAUCUUAUCGUCAGAUGCAGAGCCCGAUGCGAAGCUCUUUGCGGCUACUACUUUGAGAGGAAAGAUCACCUAUGACAUUCAACAAAUACCAAGCGACUCCUUACCAGCGCUACGAAAUCAACUUCUAGAGUUAUUGAAAGUAUUUGCGACAGGGCCACGGCCGAUUCGAAUCCAACUAUGCGUUUGCUUGGCCAUUUUAGCUAUCCAGAUGACAACUUGGAAGGAUGUAGUGCCAAUGGUUGUAUCAACAUUGGGGAGCUCCGCAGAAAGUCUCGCCUGUGUCCUAGAUUUCUUGAAAGUUCUUCCAGAAGAAGUCACCGAGGGACGAAAAAUUACUUUGACUGAAGAUGAGCUUCAACAGAGAACUCAGGAACUUUUGGGAGACAAUACCGCUCAAGUUGUACAGUUGUUGAUUGCAUAUGCACAAUCGUCUGAAUCGGCCGCUACAAAUCCACAACUACUUGAAGUCAUCACAUCUUGGCUACGCGAAGUACCUGUUGCGGAUAUAGUUAAUUCACCUCUUCUGCCGGUAAUCCUCAAUGCCUUGAACAACGAUCGCUCUUUCGAAGCUGCAACAGAAUGUCUGUGUUCUAUAUUUAAGGAGACUCGUGAGGUUGACGAGUAUAUGCCUACCAUAGAGAUACUUUUGCCUCGUGUAUUAGCGCUUCAGCCUCGUAUUGCGCAAGCUGCCCAAGACGAAGAUUCGGAGUCAUUUAAAGGCUUUACUCGCAUUUUUGCCGAAGCUGGUGAAGCGUGGGUUGUCCUGAUUGCCCGUGAGCCUAAGGUAUUCCGACCUUUGGUCGAAGCUAUUCUGGAAUGUACUCACAGAGAUUUUGAUAAAGAUGCGAUUUCCCUUACUUUCAUCUUCUGGUACGAGCUCAAACUUUAUCUCAUCCUCGAGAAGUACAUCGAAGCUCGUAUGCAAUACGUGGAUGUAUACUCUAGCCUUGUGGACAUUAUGAUGAAGCAUCUGGAAUUUCCUACAGCGGAUGGCGCGGAUGAAACGGACUUGUUCGAUGGCGAUAGGGAUGCAGAGGAAAAAUUUCGGGAAUUCCGCCACCAUAUGGGGGAUGUCCUCAAAGAUUGUUGUGAGAUUAUGGGCGUCACGCCGUGUCUCACAAAAGUUUACGAUGCUAUUAAGUCCUGGAUGGGUUCUUACGCUAGUCAUGCGACUGAAGCCUCUGUUCCACAUUGGCAACAACUUGAAGCACCUCUCUUUGGAAUGCGUGCGAUGGGAAGAUUGGUUGACAAGGACGAGGAGAUCAUACUUCCUCAAAUCAUACCCCUCUUGGUUCAAAUUCCUCAUCACGAAAAACUUCGAUUUGCAACUAUUAUGGUAUUAGGUCGUUAUACGGAGUGGACUUCUAACCAUCCCGAAUUUCUUGAGUCUCAAUUUCAAUAUAUUGUAUCUUCGUUCUCAACUGACUCGAAGGAAAUUGUCCGAGCAGCUGCCAUGGCGAUGAAAUUCUUUUGCAGUGAUUGUAAACACUUGCUCGGUGGCCAAAUUAUACAACUGCAGCAGUUCUACGACCAGACUCUCGACAAGUUACCAGGAGUUAGUCAGGAAGAACUCACGGAAGGUGUUGCGUCUGUUGUUGCUGUUCAACCACCAACACAAACGUAUCAACUCCUUAAAUUAUAUUGUGAUCCAUUGAUGGCUAGGUUAAUGGGCCUUGCAAAUCAAGCCAACGAUGACGAAUCAAAGCUUAAAGUUGCUGAUCAUAUGCAACUGAUUACAUUAUUUAUACAGAUUGUUAGUCCUUGGAUUGAGCCAAAUCAGGACAAUCCAGCUGUAAAAUACUGCCAAGAGAUCUUUCCCAUUUUAUCGACUAUCCUAGAUUCAUUUAUGACUUUCACUCCAAUUUGUGAAAGGGUUUGCCGUACAUGGAGAUACAUGAUCAUAUCAUAUCGAACAUCGAUGGCUCCUCUCCUUCCCCAGAUGGCCAACAAACUCGCAGAAGGCUUCGCAGCGUCCCGACAGGGCUGUUUCUUGUGGGUUACGAGUGCUAUCUUGCGUGAGUUCUCCGAGGAUCGAGAGCACGUCGACGAACAAACGACUGAAUCAAUCUACACCUUCUUUGAAGCCCAAUCGACAGCGAUGCUGAAGGCAAUGGCUGAUCUUCCACCUCAAGAUCUCCCCGAUGUUAUCGAGGAUUUUUACCGUCUCUUACUUGACGCCUUACUAUACUACCCUCAUAAAAUGAUUCGAUCGCAGCUAUUCACGCCAAUUUUCAGGGCGGCCAUUGCUGCUUUAGAUCUCGAGCAACGUGAACCUCUCUCUGCAGUUCUGCACUAUCUGCGUGAUGUCAUCAGCUACGGUGGUGACAAUCCUUCAAGUUCAGCAUCUAACAUAAAUCCGCCCGAGAUUCAACAAUUGGUCCGGCAGCUUAUUCUUGCCAACGGCAAUGAGUUAGUGAAAGGAAUUAUGAAAGGCAUGAUGAUUAGUUUCCCGGGAGACUGCUUUACUGAUGGCAGUGGCGUUCUACUUGGGUUGUUUGAAAUCCUACCACAAGAAACUACUAGUUGGGUCGAUGGCAUUCUACGAAUGCUGCCAGCUGGAACCGUCGGCGAAGCCGACAUCGAUCGACUGAUGAACAGCAUUCGAGAAAAGCUUAGCAUCGGUCAUGAUGGUGUCCGAAAAGUUCGCAGCUUAUUGCAAGACUUUACAAACACUUAUCGGAGACGUUAUGUUGCUCCUAGGGAUGGCUUAGGCCGACUUGAAGCCACUAGGUUUCAAUAUAGCGGUUAG